UUCCCAUUACAAGGCUGCAUUUGUUUCAUUUUUUUGUUUAAUUAUGUAUGGUGAUUUUAAAUUUUAGAUAAUUAGAUGGUUUUUAAUGUGUGACAUUGAGGUAGUUUGUAGUUCGAGUUGAAAUUGAUGUGAAUUGAAAUUGAAACCAAGAUAGAUAUCAUUGAAAUUGAUUUUUUUUUUUUUUUUUUUUCCAUUUUUGGAUAGAUGUCAAUGUGUCAUAUAUGAACCUCAUUCUUGACUAUUGCAUUAGUGCUCUUUACAUGAAUUAUUUAGAUGAUUUUUAUUAUUGGACUCUUCAUUUCAAAAAUCGAGUCCUUUCAGUUACCCGGACUCUUCAUUUCACCUUAAGUACCCGUGUCGGACCCUCGACACUCAAAUGUAGGUAGGACACUUAGACAAUUCAUUUUAGUUCAAAAUUUGGAAAAUAGCCGAGUCGAACACCAUGCGUACUGGAAUCUGAGUAACAUAGCUUUCAUGCAAGUCCUCCGAAUAUGUAGAUCAACUAUAUCCAACAAUUUUGUUUAUUUUAAAAAUCUUUAAUCUCUUAUUACAUUUAAUAAUCUGGUGCAUCAACUAGUUUUUAUAUCAAAAGGGUUUCAAAACAUAGUGUGAGGAUUGCUUUAUGAGAAGGAAGGCUUUUUUCUCUUUACUGGGCGUGAUUAUGCUCAAUAAAUGAUGUACAUUAGUUGCUUUGAGCCCAUGGAACAUGAUUUAUUUAAAAAAUUAUGUAUCAUGUGGAUAAAAGUUUUGAUUUUUAUAAACAAGAAGCUUUCCCAAUUAAUGUCCGACAAUGAUGGUUUCUUUUCUCUUGAAGAUGAUUCACUUGCUGGAUUGUAUUUGUUUAAGAUAUGCAUAUUGGUUUCACUUUAAGGCUAUGUUUGGAUAACAAAAAAUGGAAGGAAAGGAAGGGAAGGGAAAGGGAGGGAGACAAACUUCCUUGUUUGGAUAAUAUGUUGGGGGAGGGAAGGGGAGGGGGAGGAGGGAUCCAUUUUCCCUCCUCCUUUAAUAAAGACCAUCCCUUCAAAAUUGGAGAGAUUUGGAGGGAAAAUGGAGCUCAUCAUUUCCUCCACUUUUCCUUCCUUUCCCUUCCUCCUAUUUCCCUCCCUUCCAUUUCCCUUCUAAUUUGUUAUCCAAACAUAGCAUAAAAGUAUAUCAUGUUUACUCUAUUUUGAUUUCCUGUGAGAAGCCGGAGGGAAUUGUUGCUGCCUAUUUGUCAAUCAAUUGACUUCCAUACUCUUUAAAAUUUAGUUAGGAUGCAUUGAGAUUUAUGAGGAGAAUUGUCAUAAUAAUUUUGUCUCAAUGUGUCAUAUGAAUAGAUUAUGCACCUUUCUUUCUUGUACAACUAAAGCAAAAGCAAACCUGAGGAUGGUUACUGAAUUGAGAUAAUGAUGCUGUUUCGUGUGCUGUUCCUUAAGCAUAUUGUGUUGUGGACAUGCUGUUGCUGUGCUAACAUUCUAAGCUGGGCCGUUCACCGUAAUCUUUCUGGAAAAUAAGUAAUGUCGGAUACUGAGAAGACUAAUAAAAUGUGGAGUCCAAAGCCUGUUGAACACGGGGACUCUGAGGCUGCCAAGCUUUGUAUGGUUCUUCAUGAUUGCAAGCAAUCUGUCGAGGAUUCUUUGCAGCAGACCAUCAGGACAAAGAAGCUUAAACAUGGAAAAUUCAAGGGUCAUGAUGGGAAUUAUGUAAGGCUCGGCCCUUGUUUCAAACCUGAAAAGGUUGAUAAAGUGCUCAAAUCACUUAAGGACUGUUUUCCGACUGAAUUUACCAAGCCGCCCUUUUUGAAUGAGCCAGAGAAGCUAAAGUGUGAUUGGGUGAAAAGCUCAGGCAAGCCAGUCAAUGGUUGGACUUCUACCAUUGACACUCGAAAAUGGUUCAAUCGACUUUCUAGCAAGCACAAUAAGUGGAGGAAGAUGCGUAUUUAUGAGUUUUUAAGGCUCUCUACAUAUCCUGCUUUGCCAUUUUAUGGUGCUUUGACUCUGGGAUUACUAUGUUGUUGGAACCCCUGCCUCAAUGUGUUUGUCACUGGUCAAGGUUUUAAAACUAUCACACUUGAGGACAUAGCUUUUCUUACUGGGUUGUCUCCUGCUGGUAUAGACCUCCCCACUCAAGUUCUAAUAGAUGGAGCUCUUGACAUGGAGAAGAUUACGCCAUGGAAGAACAAAACAAACAUGUCAUAUAGCUCCAUUGUGGAUUUUUAUAACCCUGAUAAGAAUAAAAAUCUUGAAGCUGAUAUCUCUAGGAAAGAAGAGGUAUUGUUUAUCAACCUUGCUUUAUGUAAAUUGAUGAUGUUUCCUUCUUGCAAUGUCAAUAAAACUUUCUUGAAGCUUGCGGCAAAUAUUGAGGCUUCAGGACACGAUCAAAAGGGAAUUAAAUCCUUGUGUCUUGCCCCUCUGUUCCUGGGACAAGUGUAUCGAUGUCUUUAUCGACUUCGAACCCAUGAGAAGCUUUCUACUGCUGGUGGCCCUAUAUGGGUCAUAUCUAUGUGGGGACUUUUUUACUUCCCUCGUCUUGUUGAACAUAAAGAUGACGAAGAACUGAAAGCGGACUUUGACAAGCCUGCAGUUCUUCCUGUCCAAGAAUGUUGCUGCUAUGGGGAGUUGGCUAUUCAUACCAAUUCUCCAGUGGUACAUCUAGCAUUUGAAGAAGUCUUACGGGGACUUUUGUUCCCCAGGCAGGCAAAUCAAUCUGAUUGGCAUCCUUUUUCUGGUGAGGACGAAAUGGAUAUUUCAUUAGAGGUAAAAUCUAGGGAGGAUACAUUAGGGCAAUGCAUGAAGGCAGCAACCCCAAUUUGGCUUUUAGAGAUAUCUUGCAUGAUGAUCCGUGAAGAGGAUGAAUCGCAUUGGUCAUCAAUUUUGUUACCUCGAGACCUCAUCUGCCUCGAACCACAAGUUAUUGGCAUUGAAGUCUAUAAUCCCAAUCUUGUGGCUCGUCAAUUUGGAAUGACUCAAGGUCUGGGCAUCCCCUACUAUAAGACCUUAAAUCGUCCUUGGGGAACCAGACCCAAUCUCUUGGACAUGGCCUUGAAACCAGCGGACAACAAGUUUGCCUUCACUGAGAAAUGGCUGAAGUCUUUCCCUACCUAUGAGGUAAAGACUCUUCAUAUCAUCCCUUGGUUUAGACGGGCUGAGAUAGACCCAGGUUAUGAGCUCUGGUGGAUUGAUUUUCUCAAGAGGUGUCAGCCUUCAUGGCUUGAGGCUUUUGCCACUCUUAUUCGGAACAUCCAAGGCCCACUAAUGGUUUCUUCGCCAUCAACUGGCCAAGCUAUGAAUCCAAGGCAAAAUAAACAAAGUCGAGCUCGAUUCCCUGUUGAUCCUCCUCAGACAAAAUCAUCGAGCCAGAUAGAAAAAAAUGCUCGAACAUCUACUGCUAAGAGGGAACUGAAAAGAAAGAGUGAAAGGAUCAUGGCCGCUUCCACUUCCCGGCAUUCAAAGAAGGCUGUUGUGGAAGAGUCUAAAGAAUGUGAUGAUAAUACUCCCCUCAGGAUUUUUAGGAGGAGGCAUUCUACUGAAUCUACUCCAUCUUUCCAGCGUUCCCUCAGGACUAUAAGAAAAAAAAGAAAAUACAAUUAUCAACCAGUAGUUUCAAGGAGUUCAAGUAUUGUGCUGGCCUGUUCAAAUAAACCAAAAGAAAUUAACGUGAAGCAGAAUAAUAUCUCACAAACCGUUGGCCCUGAUAUUUAUAACGUUUCCUUGAAAGUUCUCAAGGUUCUUGAGAAGGAAGUGAAAGAGGAAGCAACCACCUCUGCUAUAGAGCAGGAUACUUCCCAUGCUACCCAAGGUAUUCCAGAAUGCUUAACAAAAAUAAUUGCUGAAGAAAUAGGAUUUGAAACUGCAAGUUCUGAGCCUGAGGACUCACUUGAGCCACCUCAUGAGAUGGUUCGUGGUUUGGGUUCUGCUAAUCUCAAGGAGACAUCAUCUGUUCUUUCAAUGGACCUAAAUAAGAUGGCUUUGGAAUCCCAGGAAGCCAACCUUAAUAGUAUCUCUCCUCAAGCUGAAGAUCGCCCAUCAAUAGAAGUGGAGCCUGCGGGAGGCUCUGGGACGAGAGGUGCCACCACUUCAGACAAUUCUCUAGCUAUUGUUGUUGAUGGUUCUUCCGCAUUCUUGGAGAUGGAGCAACCUUUUAGCCCACAAGGGCUCUCUUACACCCCUGAAAAGGCACUUGCUGAGGUUAAUUCACUUGUAUGUCUCAUUGAGGAUACCCUUCGCCCUGCUCCUAUUCCAUCAGCAUUUGAUGUCGAAAAAGAAAAUGCAGAGAAGAUUCUCAAUGUAUUGCAAAGCAACAUGGAGAACCUCACAGCAUAUGCUGACCUGGCAAAUCAGAUAAAUAAACUUGCUGUUGUGUCCCCUCCACAAUUUCAGCCUAAUUUGGCUCAUUUUCGGAACAUUUUUUUAUCUCUUCAAGAUCAGCUGCAAGAUAUUUAUAGAGAUGGAGCUAGACAGACCUGCAAUACCGACACCCUUCGUACCUUGAGCACUGCUGCCAAAGAGCUUCGAGAUCGUAUUCAGAAUAGUCAAGAGCGAAUAGACCAAAUUCAAGCAGAGUGUAACAAAUAUGAUAAGGAGAUUGAAGAGCUGGAGUCAAAACUUCUCAACCUGAAGCAACUAAGAGCCAGUAAACAACAAGAGCUAGCCCUAGAGCAGCAUAAAUUUGCUGAUUUUUCCUUGAGUUGGUCAGUUACUAUUCCAUCUCUUCAAAUGCAGGCUAAUAUUAUGGUUACUGCUCAACAGACGAAGGCAGAAUGGGAAUCUACCCUCAAAACUGUCAAGGCCAAUGUCAAUAGUUUUCUUGAGCUUUUAAGAACAAUGUAAUUUUCUUCAUUAAGAGGGAAAAAAGAUACAGCUAUCCUCUCUGUACUUUAGUGUAGAGUAUUACAUUGCUGGAUGUGCCAAAAUGUUUGUAUUAUUUUAUUCAAAAUGUCAUAAUACUUUGGCCUUGUUUGGCAAUUAGCGAUUAGCUGUUAGUCGGUUGGAUUAGCUAUUAGCUAGUUGUAUUAGAUGAUUUGACAAGUUAAUUGUAUCAGUUCUUUGUCUAAAAGUGUAGUGAAUAACUAUUAGCUGAUACCUUAUUGUGUGAAAAGAGAAAUAAGGAUAUUGAUUGUUUUAUUGACCAA